AUGGGAACAAGUAGGUCCAACAGGUACAGCAUUGUGUCAGACAUUUUACCAGAAGAUGCUCGCCAGAAGAUCUCUAGCUUAGGACUCCAUAACGGCCACAAUUCCCGCGACUCCCGGCUGCACUCACCCUGCGACGCGGAGACAGAAGACAGUAGGAGGAGGUCGGGAGCCUCUGCUGCCGCACCCGGCACAAGGGGACACGGAGGGAUGAACAACUACAACGGGAAGAUUCUGACAAGGGGCUCCAACCAAGUGCGGAGCCGGUUUGUAAAGAAAAAUGGGCAAUGUAACGUUCUGUUCACCAACAUGGAUGAAAAGAGGCAGCGCUACCUAGCUGACAUCUUCACCACAUGCGUGGACAUUCGCUGGAGAUACCUGCUGCUUAUAUUCUGCGCCAGCUUCAUGAUCUCGUGGCUUUUCUUUGGUAUUUUUUACACUGUCUCCCUGGCACAUGGGGACUUUGAGGAGCAGCCGGCGGUGAAGGGUGACGGGUUGGCGGUGGCGGGGCUGCAUGGACCAAACUCUGGACACACAUAUGGAGGGCAGACACAAAGGAUGCCCUGCAUACUUCACGUCCAAGGUUUUGUCGGGGCGCUCCUGUUCUCCAUGGAGACUCAGACUACCAUUGGUUAUGGCUGGCGAUGCGUCACAGAGGAGUGUCCUAUCGCUGUAUUAACAGUCGUCAUCCAGUCUAUCGUCGGCUGCAUCAUUGACUCUUUCAUGAUCGGCACCAUUAUGGCCAAAAUGGCACGGCCAAAGAAGAGAAACCAGACUCUCAUGUUCUCCAAAAAUGCUGUCAUCGCCCUGCGUGAUGGCAAGCUGUGCCUCAUGUGGAGGGUGGGAAACCUGCGGAAGAGCCACAUCGUGGAGGCUCAUGUCCGCGCCCAGCUCAUCCGCUCAUAUGUCACAGCUGAGGGCGAGUUCAUCCCGUUGGAGCAGAUGGACCUGAAUGUGGGCUAUGACGAGGGCACAGACAGACUGUUUCUUGUAUCCCCGCUGGUUAUAAUCCACGAGAUAGAUAAAGAUAGCCCCUUGUAUACUUUAAGCCGAGCCGAUCUGGAGGCUGAUGACUUUGAGAUUGUUGUAAUCUUGGAGGGGAUGGUGGAGGCCACGGCCAUGACCACCCAGUUCCGUAGCUCCUACCUUGCCAGAGAGGUCUUCUGGGGUCACAGGUUUGAACCUGUGAUCUACGAGGACCGGGACUGCUACAAGGUGGACUACGCUCGCUUCCACAAGACCUACGAGGUGCCGUCAACGCCCCACCUCAGCGCCAAAGAGCUCGAUGAGGCAACAAGCCGGGCCUCUUCGGCUGCUUCUCCCGUCUCUGCGUAUAGAACCACACAAGACUUGAUCCCCAGGUCGCUGAGCGCCUUUUGUUACGAGAACGAGGUGGCGUUGAGCUGUGGGGAGGAAGAGGAGGACAUCUUCGACUCCCAGAUUGUGAAAAAGGAGAGGGCAGAGGAGAGGAGGACUUCGGUUUCUGUAGACUUUCAAAAUAUGUUCCAGGAGACUGCGACUGUGACGUCAGGCAGUCAUAGUGUCAUGUGUGUUCUGGACAUGGACAAUAACCAGAUGGAGUUUGAUAUCCUGCAGACUGCCAUCCCUCUCGAUCCAGUGACGUAUAAGAGUGAGCAAGAGAUUUAAAGAUUGACGUGAAGAUGGACUGCUUGUGUUAAACUUUGGAUUGCAUGUACAGAAACCCUGUUUGCCUUGCUGGUGUUGUUUUACUUUAUACGU